AUGACCAUGACAACCGAGGCCCAAACCACGCCCGACAGGAAGUCCGUGGAUGCCGAAGAAUUCGGCGUGAACGCGGCAACCGAGCACGCAUCGCUCAAGUACUCUCUUCUCGGCCCGUCCCUCACAAAGGCCGGCCAGGACUCGGUGUCCGAGAUCAUCUAUAACGCUUCCAAGGGCUCCAAAUUCUUCAACCACGAAGAGGCACGGGAUAAGUCCCUUACGGCCAAGAUCGACAGCAUCCUCGCCAAGAAGCGCCAACUCGAGGCUCGGGACCUCUCGCGGGAGCUCCGCGCCGCCGACAACCUGCUCGCCGAGCUCGAGCUCUCUCGUGACCUAACGCAGCAUAUCGUGCACAUUGAUUGCGACGCUUUCUACGCUGCGGUGGAACAACUGGAUCGGCCCGAGUUGAAGGAUCUUCCCUUCGCCGUGGGCGGCGGUGUCCUCACCACCUGUAACUAUGUCGCCCGUACUUUCGGAUGCCGCAGCGGUAUGGCCGCCUUUGUGGCCAAGAAGCUCUGCCCGCAGCUAAUCAUUCUCCCGCUCAAUUUCGACAAGUACAACGCGAAAGCAGCCGAGGUGCGCGAGAUCCUUGCCGACUAUGAUCCGCGAUUCGAGAGCGCCAGCAUUGACGAGGCGUACCUGAACAUCACCGAAUACUGUGCUGAGCAUGACAUGGACCCCGCCGACGUGGUCUCCCAGCUGAGAAGGGAGAUCCACCAGAAGACACACGUCACGGUCUCGGCAGGCAUCGCUGCGAACGCGCGGCUCGCCAAGAUUUGCUCCAACAUGAACAAGCCCAACGGGCAAUUCGUCUUGCCCCGCGAGCGGACCGCAAUCAUGGCCUUCAUGCGCGACCUUCCCUGCCGCAAGGUGAACGGCGUGGGCCGCGUGCUGGAGCGCGAACUGGCGUCGGUGGGGAUCAAGACCUGCGGGGAUAUUUACGCCCAACGGCAGUACCUGGCGCAGCUGUUUGGACAGAAGACGUACGAGUUCCUGCUCCGCUGCUAUCUCGGCCUCGGCCGCACGCAUAUACAGCCCGCAGACGAGUACGAGCGCAAGAGCGUUGGCACCGAAAGCACGUUCCGCGAGAUGAGUGAUCCCGACCAGCUGCGCCGGAAGCUGAGGCAAACGGCCGAGGAGCUGGAGGCGGACCUUCGGAGGGCAGAGUGCAAGGGCCGCACCCUGUGUUUGAAGGUGAAGCUGCACACCUUCGAGGUUUUGACCCGCCAGGUCGUUCCUCCGAAGGCUGUGCAUCUUGCGGAUGACCUGUACAGCUACUCGUUGCCCAUGCUGGCGAAGCUAGAGCAAGAGAUUCCCGGCUUGACCCUCCGGCUGAUGGGGCUGAGAUGCACCCACCUGGUGAGCACCAAGAAGCCGGAUGCGCGGGCCUUUUUUGGAUUGAGGCCGCAGAAACAUGAAUCCGCUGGCUCUUUGGAGGAUGGGGGUGUCGUUGUGAGCGAAUCAGCGGGUGGGGAGGGAAAGCUGCCUGAUGAGGAAGUUGGUUCCGACCACUGCCCAGCAUCCGGUGAAGCCUCAGUCAUCACGUCCCCUCGCCAGCAUGGGAAGGAGAUAGUGCCGAAUCCUCCCAGGGAGCAAGCCCCGCCACCAGAAGAGGAGCUGUGGGACUGUCCCGUGUGCGCAAGGCCGCAGCCCGCAGACGAGAGGCGGUUCAAUGAGCACAUCGACCUGUGUCUGUCACGGCGAGCCAUCCGGGAUACGGUCCAGCAGGAUGCCGCAGGGCAUCAGCAGCAGCAGCACGAAAAUGGCACUCCCGAGAUGCGAAGGGUCAGAGAACGGAAGAGGGGACGGCCGCCGGCACCAAUAGAUCCCAGGCAAAAGAAGCUCUGUUUUGGGUAA